AUGCAGAUGACAAGGGGGGAUCGGUUUGAGAGGAACGGAUCAGUGUUGGAGGAGAGGAGAGAGCAGAAGUGGAAACACAAUAAUAAUGAAAUCGCUUCUCCUCCUCCCCCAUACACACAGCAGUGCAGCACUGGAUACCCCCCUGUCGUCAUAUGGGAGCUGGGCUUAGCUCAGGCGAGGAGAAAGAGCAGUGAGCAUUGUGGGAGGGAUGGCUUAGAGACACAGGAGGGGGAAAAAAUGAGGGAGCCAAGCGACCCAAUAACAGCGAGGAACCGGGGGGCUCUGAGCUUGUUUACCGUGACAGCUGCGGUGAGGCUGGUUGCCAUGAUGGGGUACCGGCUUGGCCAUCAGCCCACUUGCAGCGUCAUGUGCAGAUGCCGGUUUAGUGAGCCGCAGAGUUCAGUGAAAACACAGCUGAGGUCCAGAGCCCAGAUGGUUGCCAGUGUUCGGGAAUCCCUAUCUGUAGCGCAGCAGCAAAAGCAGAGGCAUGGCACAAGCAGUGGUCCUUUUGACACAUUCACACCCACGUACAAUUGGUAUGGUGUGACAGGAGGUGAAGACGAAAAGAUUCUGCUUAAUGGGGGCGUAAAAGGCUGUCUGGCUUUGUCUGCCUUACCUUCGCUGAACACCGGUGGAGCCUCCACCCUGCCUGAUCAAGCCUCAGUCGCCCUGGCACCGGAGAAUGAGGCAAUCCUGACCUUACAUGGAGAGGCAACGGGGUUGAUGUCAUUGAAGGAAGAAUGCUGCAAGAAUCCAGAGAGAAAGGAGAGCAGGAGUAGGAGGAGGAGGAGGAGGAGGAGAGGAGGAGGAGGAGGAGGGGUCUGA